AUGUCCGCAUCGGGCAAUCGAGGCGGGGCAGGACCUUCACAAGGUCGAGGAAGGUCAUCUCGAUUUGAAGGUGUGACCGAUGUUUGCUCCCUAGGAGCGACGCUGGCGGAAGAUACUGUGCUAGCUACGUUACGAGAACGAUUCCUCAUCUCCCAACCCUACACAUCAUUAUCGCCUUCCAACUUGAUAUCAGUCAAUCCACAUUCAUAUCUACCAGUCAAUGGAGAUGCGUCAUUACAAAAUUACGUAGCAGAGUAUUAUAGGAUCCGAGUAGACGAUGAAACUUCCAGAGAUGCAGAUUCGACCACGAAGAAAGAUAGAUUAGGUCCGCAUAUCUUUCAAUUGGCUUUGAACGCUUACUAUAACAUGAGGAGGACAAGGCAGGAUCAGAUCGUAGUCUUGAAUGGAUCUGUCGGUUCUGGUAAAACGGAAAUGAGGAGAUUAGCAAUCAAAGCCAUAUCAGAAGUCAGUGUAGCUGCACCGGGAAAGAAAGGUUCAAAGGUUGGCAGUCAAGUUGCCAAUGCGGAGUUCAUCCUCGAAUCCUUCGGUAAUGCCCAUACCCUCACCAACGAUAACGCCUCUCGAUUCGGUAAUUAUACGGAACUGCAGUUCAACGAUCGAGGUAGAUUAGAAGGUCUCAAGACGAUCGAAUAUUAUUUCGAACGAUCCAGAGUAUCUCAGACUCCUUCAAGUGGUGAAAGGAACUUCCACGUAUUCUACUAUCUGGUCAGUGGUGUUCACGGAGAGGAAAAAUCAUUCUUGAAGUUGGAAAACACAUCAUCUUAUCGAUAUUUACAAAGUCGAGUUAGAAGGACCGGUACAGAUGAUCGACAAAGGUUCGAACAGCUUAAACAAGCUUUCAAGAUUGUUGGAUUAUCGAAUCGAUUAGUAGCUCAAGUGUGUCAGUUACUGGCUACGAUCUUGCAUAUCGGUAACCUUCAGUUCGAAACUGGCGGAAAUCAACAUGAAGGUGCAAUUGUUACGAACUACGAAACCCUAUCGACCGUAGCUGAAUUCCUGGGUGUAUCUCAAGAAGCCCUUAGUGAACUGUUCUCAUUCAAGACUGUCCUCAUGAGAAAAGAGAUAUAUACGACAUUUUUAAACCCCGAACAAGCUGAAUCAGUCAGAGAUGAAUUGGCAAGAACAUUAUAUUCACUAUUAUUCUCCUGGUUGAACGAACAUAUCAAUCAGAAAUUAUGUAAAGAUUCUUUUGGAUCCUUCAUUGCCUUAUUGGAUUUACCAGGUAUGCAGAAUAACCAUGGACCUGUCGCAAUGUCCAACUCGUUAGAUCAAUUCUGCUUCAACUUCGCCAAUGAGAAAGUGCAGAACUGGGUUUUACACAGGGUCCACGAAUCGACCUUGGAAGAAGCUAGUAAGGAGAAACUUACAGUCACUAGGAUACCAUAUUUCGAUAAUUCAGAGUGUGUCAAGAUGUUAUCGGAUAACAAAGGUGGUUUAGUCAAUAUCAUGGAUGAUCAAGCCAGGAAGAAGCGAAAUGAAGGUCAAUUCCUGGAAGCCAUGGGUAAAAGGUUUACAGGUCAUGCUUCUUUCUCACUGGCUACUCAGAGUCGAAGUGGUGGUGCUACGUUUACUAUCAACCAUUACGAUGGUCCUGUUACCUACUCUACCGAGAACUUCCUCGAAAGAAACGCCAAUGAAACUUCAGCGGAUAUCUUACGAUUACUUCGUGGUAAUACUACCGGAUCUCAAGCUGUCUCAGAGCAUCUAGGAUCAAACAACCCAUUUAUUAAAUCGCUUUUCUCUUCGAAAUCUAUCGCUACUCAAGCUCAUCCAAGAAAUGACGACGAGAUCGUAGCUGUACAGCAGCCUGUUCGACCGAUGCGAGCACCGUCCACACGUAGAAGGAAAGGUAGAGCAUUAAAAGCUGUAAGUGAAGAAGAAGAGGAAGAAGAAGGAGAAGAUGAUGAAGUUGGCGGAGGAAAUGAUGGAGGUAAUGCUGGGAAAGCUCUAUACUGCAUAGCAGGUCAACAUUGGUCUGCUUUAGAUACGUUAUUACAAACCUUCGAUCAAGCUCAACCGUGGUUGAUAUUCUGUUUGAGACCAAACGAUAGUCAAUUGCCAUCUCAGGUGGAAAUUAGAAGUAUGAAAGGUCAGAUCAGAUCUUUAGGAUUGACAGAGAUGGCUCAAAGACUCCAGACGUCUUACGAAGUCAGGAUGAACCAUUUCGAAGCUUGUGAUAGGUAUGCAGAGGAAUUUGAGGUUAGAGGAAUAUUAAAGGGUCCUUCGGAUGUUGAUAGGCUGCAGGAUCUGAAGAGGGUGCUGGGUCUGAACGAUAAUCAGAUGGCUAUAGGGGCUAAUCGAGUGUUCCUUUCCCAUGCCGUCUUCCAUCGAUUCGAAGAUCGAUUACGAGCAGAAGAGAAGGAUGAACAGCGACACCGAAGAGAAGACAUGGAAUAUCUUGAUGAGAAAGAGCGUAAAGUGGAUCCAUUCUCACCUUAUCAUCGCGAUGUCUCACCUUCCGCCUCUCCCGCUCUUGGCUACUCCGAUCCUUACCUUCAGAACGAAUCUACUGUCGAUUUGCCAUUAGUCGAUCAUGCUCAACCACUUCGACAAGACUCACCGGAUGACUUUGACGAUAUUCGAGGUUUUGCUCCUAGUCAAGUAACCAGUCAAUUCGCCGAUUCUGCUUCCAACGUGGGCACGGAAACCUAUGCUCCUUCGAGAAACAUGUUCCGUGACUUCGAUCAUAAAGAUGAGAAGGAUGUCUUGGACGUUGAACCUCAGGAAGGUGAGACUACCGAAGAGUACAAGGAAUCCAUAGCGAGAAGAAGAUGGGUCUGGCUCUGCACUUUCCUGACCUUCUGGAUCCCGGGGUUCAUGCUCAACAAGAUUGGAGGUAUGAAACGUCAAGAUAUUCGUCAAGCUUGGAGAGAGAAAUUAGCUAUCAACAUGAUCAUCUGGUUCAUCUGUGCUUGUACAAUAUUCGUCAUUGCUGCCCUCGGUCCUCUCAUCUGUCCUACUCAACACGUCUACACUUUGAGCGAAUUAUCAAGUCAUAGUUCCAAAAACGACCCCAAUAAUGUUUUCACCGCUAUCCGAGGUGAAGUGUUCGAUCUGACGCAAUUCGCUCCAACACACCUUACGGCUGUCUCAGUGGUACCUACCAAAAGUCUCAUGCAAUAUGGUGGACUUGAUGCUUCAAGCUUGUUCCCCGUUCAGGUCAGCGCUCUAUGUGAUGGUGUGAAUACGCCUAUCAGCCCUUAUGUCACUCUCGACAGUACCAACACCACCGACGUGUUCAUGCAAUACCACGAUUUCCGAGCUUACACCAACGACUCUAGGCCUGAUUGGUACGCCGAGAUGAUGAUCAUGAUGCGACAUCGAUUCCGUGUGGGAUUCAUGGGUUAUACCAAGAAGGAUAUCAAGAAGAUGGCUAGUUCCGGAAGAGCCGUAGCGAUUUACGAUGGUCUAGUUUACGAAAUGACAACGUAUAUCCAGCAGAAUGGAGGUGGUCUCAAGGCUCCAAACGGUGUAGAGCUCACUGCGGAUGAUCAAGCUUCUCGUCGAUUCAUGGCUGAUCAAGUGGUCGAACUGUUCACUUAUAACACUGGUAAAGAUAUCACAGCAUUAUUAGAUAACUUGGCGUCGACAGCUGGACAAGAUCUAGUCAACAAGCAAAAAGUGUGUUUAAGGAAUUUAUUCAUCAUUGGGAAAGUUGAUUCGAGAGAUUCGCCUCAAUGUCAAUUCUCCACCUAUAUCCUCUUGGCCUUAUCGAUUGUCAUGGUAUCGAUCAUCGGAUUCAAGUUCUUAGCUGCGUUGCAUUUCGGUUCGAGUCGUGCGCCUGAGAAUCACGAUAAAUUCGUUAUUUGUCAAGUACCAUGUUACACCGAGGGAGAAGAGUCUUUACGACGUACAAUCGAUUCGUUGGUUAGGUUAAAAUACGAUGAUAAAAGAAAGCUUUUGAUGAUCAUCUGUGAUGGUAAUAUAAAAGGAUACGGUAAUGAUAAACCCACACCAGCAAUCGUCUUAGAUAUCCUUGGAGUUGAUCAGAAUAACGAUCCAGAACCGUUAAGUUUCCAAUCUUUGGGUGAAGGUUCAAAACAACAUAACAUGGGUAAAGUCUAUGCUGGAUUAUAUGAAUGUGCGGGACACGUCGUACCGUAUCUGGUAGUGGUAAAAGUUGGUAAACCGACGGAAAGACCUAAACCUGGUAAUAGAGGUAAGAGAGAUUCACAAAUGAUAGUAAUGCAUUUCUUGAAUAAGGUCCACUUCAACGCACCGAUGAAUCCUUUGGAAUUGGAAAUGUACCAUCAGAUCAAGAAUGUCAUAGGUGUGAAUCCAAGUUUCUACGAGUACCUGUUUAUGGUCGAUGCGGAUACUACGGUCGAUGAGAUGUCUCUGAACAGACUUGUUUCUGCGAUGAUGCACGAUAAGAAGAUCAUUGGUGUUUGCGGUGAAACUUCAAUUGCGAAUGCAAAACAAUCCAUUGUGACGAUGAUGCAGGUAUACGAGUACUUCAUCUCGCAUCAUCUGGCUAAAGCCUUCGAAUCGCUGUUCGGAUCCAUCACCUGUCUACCAGGUUGUUUCUCGAUGUACCGACUCCGUUCGCCUGAUACCCAUAAACCACUAUUCAUAUCAAACGGUAUAAUCCAGGAUUAUUCGGAAAAUCGAGUCGAUACCUUACAUCUAAAGAACCUGUUGCAUCUAGGUGAAGAUCGAUACCUCACCACAUUGGUUCUGAAACACUUUAACGACUACAAGACUAAAUUCGUCAGAGACGCUUACGCUCAGACGGUCGCUCCUGAUUCUGCUAAUGUCUUAUUAUCCCAAAGAAGAAGAUGGAUCAACUCGACUGUGCAUAAUCUUGCCGAAUUGGUCUUCUUAGAUCAGUUAUGUGGAUUCUGCUGUUUCUCAAUGAGAUUCGUGGUGUUCAUCGAUUUGUUGUCCACGAUUAUCGCUCCUGUUACGGUAGCCUAUAUUGGAUAUCUCAUCUACCUCAUUGUCAGAGAAGGUAAAUCGAUACCGACGCUUAGUAUCAUUAUGUUGGCUGCGAUAUACGGUCUGCAAGCUUUGAUCUUUGUGUUCAGGUUGAGAUGGGAUAUGGUAGCUUGGAUGGUUUUCUACAUUGCUGCCAUCCCUUACUUCUCAUUCUUCCUCCCUUUGUACUCGUUCUGGAAGAUGGAUGAUUUCAGUUGGGGGUCUACUCGGUUGGUGGUCGGUGAGCAUGGUAAGAAGAUUGUCAUACAUGACGAAGGUAAAUUCGAUCCACGAUCGAUACCCCUCAAGAGCUGGAACGAUUACGAAAACGAAUUAUGGGAUCAAGAAUCAAUCCAUUCUGGAUCUUACAUGCCACCCAACAAGGGUGAAUACGACUCUCGACCAGGCUCAGCUUACGGGUAUGAUAACUACGAUGCCAGAUCUCGUGUCUUAUCACCCUUUGGAUCCUACGGUGAUCUGAAAGAUCAAUCGAGAGGUGGAUCAAUGUACAAUGGUGUUGGAAAGGGUGUACCGCAAUUACCUUAUCAGAAUAGAGAUCUCAUAGGAUCUCCAAUGAAUUCCAAUAGUCAUUUAGCUCUUGGAGGAGAUAACCGAUCGGUCUUUGGAGAUAAUAAGAGUCUAUAUGGACAACCUAUGAAUGUAGAUCAACGAAGUUUACAUGCUGGAUCAUUCUACGGUGGAGGAGGAGGACAACAACCGAUGUUGGAUCAUAGAACUUCAAGUUACUCUUUACAUGGUAAUACUCCUCAAAUGGGUAUGGGUAUGGGUAUGGGCGGAAUACCACCUAUGGGAAUGGGAAUGGGACAACAAGGGAAUAUGAUAGGAUUAGAUCAUAGGAUAUCAUCAUAUUCAUCAUUCAAUCCACCGCCUCCUCCCCAACAACAUCAAUAUCAAUCUCCUUAUGGUGAUUCAUCACAAUAUCAACAGAGAUCACCAUUAUCUCAACAUGGUUCAAGACCCGUAUCGAAUUUCUUAGGCGAUGCCGGUAUACCCCCUUCUGCGUCAAAUGAUAACAAUAUUGGAUUGUCAUUAGGUCCAGAAGGGAUUACUGAAGCUCAAUUGGAAGUUUCCAUCCGAAGGAUAUGUGCAGAGAGCGAUUUGGACACUCUGACGAAGAAGGUGGUUAGAAAGAAGUUGGAAGAGGAGUUUGGGGUGGGGCUGGGAAGUAGGAAAGACAGUAUCAAUAGGAUUAUCGAAGAGGUUUUAGCUGGUGAGUGA